GGCCUGAAACACAGUGGGGUUUUCACUGUCGUUUUCUAUCUGCCUGCAGCAGAGGUGGAGCGGAAGCUGGAGGCCAGAAACCCCAUCGAGUGGACGCCUUACCAGACGCAGCCCCUCGGCCUCACCAGGAACGACGUCCAGAGGAGGAGCCCGUGUGCGUCACCGUCGGGCAGCGAGCGGGCGGCCACAGCCACGCCGCUAGACACCGCCAGCAACGCUGAAGACACCUCCAGCAACGGCAACAAGGACGACGAGGACGACGACGCCGAUGACGACAAUGACGACGACAAGAUCGACGCCCAGUACGACCCGGAGCGUCUCAAGGCCUUUAAUAUGUUUGUGCGACUGUUUGUGGACGAGAACCUGGACCGCAUUGUGCCCAUCAGCAAACAACCCAAAGAGAAAAUCCAAGCCAUCAUCGACGCCUGCGCUCGCCAGUUUCCAGAGUUUGCCGAGAGGACACGGAAGAGGAUCCGCACCUACCUGAAAAGCUGCAGGAGAAACAAAAGAACUCGAGAUUCUAAUGGAUGGGAGACGCCGUCACGCCCCACGCCACCACACCUAACCAGCAUCCAGGCAGAGCAGAUCCUGGCCAAUGCCUGUGAGAACGAGGCACAGAAUGCCAAGAGGAUGCGGCUUGGCUUGGAGCCCAUUGCCCAGCCAAACCCACUCAACCCCCAGCCUCCUACGCCGGUGGGACCAGACAAACCUUUAGGUUUAGUUGACACUGUGGUAAAGACUGAAUCCAAUGCACCACAUGUGUCUGCUCUUGCUAAGGCCCUAGAGCGACCUAUGGCUGACUCAAAAGUAAUGAAUGGGUCAUCUAUGUUCCAGGCAUCAUUCCAACAAAGUUUCCAAAAAGUAACCUCACUUACGGGGUCAACAGUACAUACCCAACCAGGUCUUACUCCUCUUUUGGCCACUACCUCUGCACCUAUGUUAGCUAAUGGACCAACAGACCUGAGUGUCAAGGGAACAUCUAAACCCACGCGGCCAACGCUCAAUGCAGUAGAGGUGGCAGCAGUUCGGCAACUCAUUACUGGCUACCGAGAGUCGGCAGCCUUCCUGCUGAGGUCUGCUGAUGAACUCGAAAAUUUACUUAUCCAUCAACAGAGUCCAUAGUGUUUAUAUAAUGUUUGAAUGUGUUAGUGUGAAGACUCCGUUGUAUGUUUACUUACGAACAAACAUGUAUAUGUGAAUUUGCUGGUCUUAAUGGUUGUCUUAUUGCUGCUCACUCUAAGAUGUAUAUGGUACAAUUUCAGUGUUUUAUGAAAAUAGUAGUAAGAGUAUUUAUUUAUCACCAUUUAAGUUUGUGUAUUACUAAAGUCUGUAAGGUAAAAAGCAUGAAUGUGAACAUUACUGGUGCUGUUCUUCAUGUCCAGUUAUUGUAUAAAUCAUAAAUUGUUAGUGAGUUAUUAGGUACUUUGUACAGCCUUAAAUUUUUGAGGCAAUUAGCAGUUUCUGUUCCUACCAUUGUGGAAAAUUAUAUUGCUUAGAGUUCUCUAGAAAUUUUUUGUCGGGUUUACUAUGGAAGUGCCUCUUCACCUUAAAAAAUGGGUUUUAUUUAGUAUAUGUAUUCAAGUGAAUAGAAACAAUUACAGUAUGCUAAGAGCUGAUGCAAACAAGCAUUGUGCAAUUUUGUUCAGUCUCAUGUGAACAAUCUGAUAUGAACAAAUUUCUUCAGCGUGUGUAAUUAAAACUACAACGGUGUUGCAUGAGCCAUUAGCAGAUUUGUUAAAUAUGUACCUGUUUAUGUGAAUGUAUCUUCUGAAUAAAACUCGUACUGUACAGUUUAGUGGGAUUUUGCUUAGGAUCACUAACGUGGCAAAAAGAAUAGUGGGUAGAUUGUUUCAUAAAUUCCCUUGACUUUUCCAAAAGUUGCAAAAAAUAUGUUCUCUUACAAAGGAAUCCUAAGAAUACAUUAUAACAUCUAGUUGAAAAAAUGGUAAAUAAGAGCUUACAUUUAUUUUCAACUACUUAAAUUGGUUUAAAGAUAUAAAGAAUUAUAACUGUUGCAUAGACUGUUCUAGCAAUUUCCUUUUCUUUACAUUAGCAAGACAGGAGUUUUGAUUUUUACAAUUGUCAGUAAGUAGGUUCAAUUAAGUUUGACAUAGGCUUAUAAAUACUGUACACAUUUCUUCAUAGCUAUUGCUUUAGAUAAAGAAAAAGUGCAAAUUUUUUAAGCAAUAGUUCAAACUUGGAGACUCACAAUAGUUAUCAAAAACAUACAUAAUUUAAAUAGUCUUGAUUAUACUUGUUGAGAAAAUGAGUGGUUUACUUUUAUGGUGAUGCCUAUACUGAAGUCUCUACACUCCAAAUGUAUCUGUGUAGGUGUAUAUAGGUAGAGCCCCAAUAAAGACUAAGAAAUAUAUGAUGUCCUCUGUAGGAGGUGUAUGUAUGAUAUAGAAUACCAUACAAAAUGUGUGUUAUUGAAAUUUGGCGUGCAGCAUUGUGCAUUUUAUUUUCUAUAGAUUUGCUCUGUACUGGAAUGUAAAGUUUAUGUUAGUCCUGCUUUCAUUGUUUGACAUUGUAAAGAUAUAAAUUAUAAUUUGUUAUGCUUUCACUGUUUAACAUAAUAGGGCACUAUACUGUUAUGUGCUAGCUCACUCCAGCAUAUCAAGAGCAAACCUAUUCAACAAGUCUAAGUAUUAUGUUUCGCUAAAGUCUAGCUGACAUGAAAAUGACUAGUGUCCAGGCAAAAAUUUAAUAUGUAUUUAUUACUUUUCAUCACAGAGUUUCCCUGCUCAAGAUAUUUAUAUUAUUUGUUUUUGCUGUUUAGUGCAUUCCUCAAAAGACAACUAAUAUUAGGAGUCAUUUAAUUGAAAUGCUCAAGAACAAUAACUUAUUUACAUUUAUUUUUUAUUUUUUUGGGGGUUGGGGCGGGAGAAUACACAGUUAACUGCAUCUUCAAGAGGUGUACAUAUAAGUAAUUUCUGAAUUGUUGCUUUCUGGUGUGUUUGCACGUACGUAUGUGUAUAGUACUGGAUUGUAAUAUAAUAUUUUAGUGAAAGUCAACUCAUUUUUAGUGAAACUCAAACUUUUUACAAGAUGACCUCUGUAUCUAGUCACUUCUUCACAUCACCAAUCUUCAAUUUUCUGAUAUUUAGUUGAUCUGAAUGAUUCGUAAAUAUCCCAGCAAAUACACAGUUGACAUAUUUUAAAGCUUUUGUUUAUGUAAUGUUUAUGUAUAAUCUUUUGUAAUCCACAACAUUGUGGAAACAUCAACAUUAUUUAAAUAAUGAAAAAAAUGUGUUUGCCAGGAAAACAUUACCCCCAAUGUAAUUAAUUUUAUUAUUUGUUAUUUUUACAACUUCAUUCUUCUCUUUAAUACAAAGAAAUGUGCAGUUCUGAAGGCACAUCAAUUUAUGAGGUCAGCCUCGACUUUGACAGCUUUAUUUUUUUAUAAAUAUAUCAUAUUUUGCUGUCAUCCAACACAGCAAUAUUAUUUUUGUCCCAGUGUGCACCUUUAUUACAAAAUUUAUAUCAUCGUUAGUUUUCCUGUUUACAUCAUCAUUCGCUUAUGCAGCUAAUAGGAGUGAAUGCACUUGCCCAUGUGAAAUGCAGAAUUUAAUGUAAGAAAUGUUUACAGUAUGAGAAAUAAAUGCAAAAACAUGCUAUCUCAGUUCUCAUGUGCCCACGUGCAUUGUUUCUUAUUGUUUGUAUUUCUGAAUGAUAAUGAACUCUCAUUAUACCAAAGAUAGAGAUAUAUUUGAUCUCAUAGCACUUGUAAUAAAGUUAGUUAUUUUUUCUACUGUUGUUUUGAACAAUGGUGUAUUUAUUUGUUUUCAUAUAUAGAUUAUACACACACAUACACACACACUUUAUAUAUAUAUAUAUAUA